AUGAGAUACAUCAAGUUUAAAGUCUUUUCGUGGUUCUUGUUACUUUUCAUCUUGAAUCUGUGCGUGUCAGAGGGACAGGAUAAGGCUAACUCCUGGGACCUUCACAAGAGAGACGAAAACAGGCAGGAGACUAAGGAUGAAAAUCCAGACCAAAGCAAGCAGACAAACAGAGAAACAGCAGAAAAUACGGAGAAGCACUCUCUCAGCAAAUCCAAUGAGACCUCUGAAAACUACAGCAAUGAGACCCUCCACACGACAGCAGCUGUUGCCAAGCCAACCACACCAGCCCCCCCAACCCCAAAGCCUAUCCUGCCUGUACAGACAGGGGUGAAGGCCCAGGAGGAAGAACAGUCCAGUGGGCUUACUAUUUUCUUCAGCCUACUUGUUAUUGGUAUUUGCAUCAUAUUGGUGCACCUGCUUAUCAAGUUCAAGUUGCAUUUUCUUCCUGAGAGUGUGGCUGUUGUUUCUCUCGGAAUCCUGAUGGGUGGAUUCAUCAAGAUCAUUGAGUUCCAGGAACUGGCCAACUGGAAGGAGGAAGAAAUGUUUCGACCCAACAUGUUUUUCCUCUUGAUUCUCCCCCCAAUAAUAUUUGAAUCUGGAUACUCUUUACACAAGGGUAACUUCUUCCAGAACAUUGGCUCCAUCACUCUCUUUGCUGUAAUUGGUACGGCUAUAUCUGCUUUUAUAGUCGGUGGAGGCAUCUAUUUCCUUGGCCAGGCUGAUGUGAUUUAUAAGAUGACCAUGGCUGAUAGCUUUGCCUUUGGAUCUCUAAUCUCAGCCGUGGACCCUGUAGCAACUAUAGCCAUAUUUAAUGCUCUCAACGUGGACCCAGUCCUCAACAUGCUGGUGUUUGGGGAGAGCAUCCUGAACGACGCCGUCUCUAUCGUCCUCACCAACACAGCAGAGGGCUUUUUUUCCAGCUCUGAUAACUCCAUGGUAACAGGCUGGGAGACAUUUAUUCAAGCGCUGGGGUAUUUCCUCAAAAUGUUUUUCGGUUCCGCUGCUCUGGGAACGCUGACUGGACUCAUUUCAGCUCUUUUUCUAAAACAUUUUGACCUGAGGAAGACGCCAUCGCUGGAGUUUGGUAUGAUGAUCAUCUUUGCAUAUAUUCCCUAUGGCCUGGCAGAGGGAAUCAAACUAUCUGGAAUAAUGUCUAUCCUGUUUGCUGGGAUUGUUAUGUCUCACUACACACAUCACAACCUUUCCCCGAUCACACAAAUCCUCAUGCAGCAGACUCUGCGCACAGUUGCCUUUAUGUGUGAGACGUGUGUGUUUGCUUUUCUUGGCCUCUCCAUCUUCAGCUUCCCACAUAAAUUUGAAAUAUCCUUUGUCAUCUGGUGCAUUUUCCUGGUACUUCUCGGUCGAGCGAUCAACAUCUUUCCUUUGUCGUUCUUGCUGAACUUCUUCAGAGACCACAAGAUCACACCGAAAAUGAUGUUCAUCAUGUGGUUUAGUGGGCUGCGAGGCGCCAUCCCUUAUGCUUUGAGUCUUCAUUUGGGCUUGGAACCCAUUGAGAAGCGCCAGCUAAUCGGUACCACUACCAUUAUUAUUGUGCUGUUUACCAUCCUCUUCCUUGGGGGCGGGACAAUGCCGCUCAUCCGCAUUAUGGACAUUGAGGAGAGCCAGUCACGCCGCAAAAACAAGAAGGAUGUCAAUCUCAGCAAGACGCAGAAAAUGGGUAACACCAUAGAUACAGAGCACCUUUCAGAACUGACAGAGGAGGAAUAUGAGGCUCAGAUCUACCAGAGACAAGAUCUGAAGGGCUUCAUGUGGCUCGAUGCAAAGUAUCUUAACCCCUUCUUCACUCGCAGAUUAACACAAGAGGACUUGUUACAUGGGAGGAUCCAGAUGAAGACACUGACUAAUAAGUGGUACGAAGAAGUCCGCCAGGGACCCUCAGGGUCUGAAGAUGACUGCGAUGAAGCAGAACUUCUGUAAAAAAAAUGUGUUUUCUGAAAAAAGGGGGCAGAUUUGAUCUGUCCAGGGCUGUGAAUGUAUCCAUUGGUGAAGAAGAGCCAUACUUUCACUGUUGCUUAUAGUCAGCUCUCUCUCCACCUGCUACCAGAAGUAGGUGAACCAUCUUGGUCAGUGCUUGUGGAGGUUUGUUUUUCAGCAUCGGAAAUGUGAGGAAUCACUUUCUAAACAAAUGUGGAAAAACUGUAACACUGGGUUAAAAAAAAGAAAAUGUAUUAUCUUGUUAGUUUGUUACAAUACUGACUAUUUUGUCUCUGUGGGCUGAAUUUUGUGUAUAAUAAGCACACAGGGACAUUUCCUGUCGUUCUUAUUUUUAUGAAGUUUUGUCCAAAGGGAAAACAGCGUAGUUGGGGGUGAAUCUUUAUGUUAAUCAACACUGCUGCACCUCCUCCCACUGUGUAUUUGAAUUUAGCCCCUCUUUAUCAAUAUUUGGUUGAAUUCCACUUAAAGUAAAAGUUUCACUUGGGAUCGGAAAGGAGAAGGGGGAAAAAAAAAAAAAGUCUUGCUCCAAGCAAGAUUUCAGAAAUUGAAUUUUUAAUAAGCUACGUGUUUCCAUACCUUCUUGUUUCCCAUCAUUUAAUUCUCUCUGUGCCUCUUCAUUUGUAUGCUUUAGUGCGUCAGAGUUAAUUUAUUUUAAAAACACAUAGGUAAACAUAUGCCAUGAAGCUGAAAUGAUGAAUGAGCCAACCCCUCCAGCAACAAGGCAGCUGAGAUAAAUUCAGAAGAGGGUUAAAACAAGUGGGACAUGUCAAGGAAAACGAAUCAUUUUAAUUAGAAAGCUUAGUUAUGGGAGCAUGAUUAUGCCCCAGAAAAUUCUGAAUUACUUUCAUUUCUGAGUACGAUACCUGAACUCAUUUUCUGGUGGUUUCUCUAAAUCUACACUGUAUGGAGCCACUUUUGAGAGUUUCUCAUGCGUUUUGCAUACAGAUGUGUAUGAAGGAAUGUGGGGUUGAUGUUAGUGGUUUAAUGUUCGUUUGCUGCUCUUUAUUUAUUUAUCAGAGGUUGAUCUAAUUUUUGUUGGAUUUUGUACAAAUUCUGUGAUCAUCACAGGAUUACUGGAAAAGAGAUAAUCUAUAAUAAAUCAGAUCUUAUAUGCACUAAAUUUUGUGCCGUUAUCUCUUUCUUUGCUAA